AUGGAUCCUAUCUCCAAUCGACCUCUUUCCGCUCUCGAUUCAACGGUUUCUUUCAAAACAGUAUCUACGAGUAACAAGCCUAAUCCUCUACCAGAAGACAUUCGAUUGAGAUUCUCAUACUAUGCCAGCGAAAUCAAGAAUCAAGUUGACACAUUUUACGAUGAUCAACACAAAUGGUUGGAAGAUCACCUCCUUGGUGUUCAAGACACCUUUGCCAAUAUCAAACAGAAGAAGCGCGGAACUAGGGCCGCGAUGGCAGACAUAAUUAAAACGCCAUCACGCAAACGCAUUCAAGCUUCCUCCAAGAAGAAAAUCACCCAACCUGAGCCUCUUCGCUUCGAACAGUCAGGCACGAGCGAUCGAGCCACGGUUUCUAUGAAGAGUCUUCCACCCAGCAAGAUUGAGAAAUCACAAACUGGGAUCAAUUUCAUUCCAGCUUUCGGUUCAUCCAAGCGACAUGACGAGAAAGAGAAUCCUGCUGGUUCGUUAGUACCUAGUAAAGCUCACUACGACCUACAUUCGGCAGCCUCGGAUCGUUUUGCAACUUCACACAAUAAAGAAGUCACACCGUCAGUGUUGGGAGAAGUCCAAAACGUUUCACAUCUCCACAAUUCCAGACAAGAACCAUCCGCUUCCAAUUCAGGGUCAACAUCACGCGAUCAGACUAGCCGUGUCUUCCAGCCAAUCAUUGCACCGACCUUGCUGAAAGGAUUGGGACUAUCCUCUUCCACCCAAAUGUCGCAAACCUAUACUGCAUCCGGUGCAUCCCAUCACGGCAUCCUGAAUCAAGAAGAGGUAGCUGCGCUGUCCAAAUCUUAUUCUUCACCUUUCAAGAAAUCCACUUUGGCAAACCCACCGUCUUCAGUCACUUUGACUCAGCCUUUUGUCACCUCGCAAUCCGUGCCGGGAAGCACCUCAGUUGAUCGCGUCGCCAAAGAUGACGAGCCCUCUGCACGGAAGGUCGUUGUUUAUACAACUACUUCGCUUCAACAUCCUACAGUAGAUGGAGACUGUGAUGAAGAGACCCACGAUCACUCCGGUGAAGAUACUGAACUGGAGGAAGAAGCCUUAGAAGGCCACGAAUUGUCUGCUAUCCAAGAAGGCGAAGAAGAGGAAGACCCAGCUGCAACGGAACGUCAUAUUCCGCGUGGAUCAGCCAAAAAGACCCGGAAAGAAGAACAACCAAACCCGAAUAUCCAUACCACGGCUCAAAAAGCAAAGAUAUCCCUGCCCAAACCCACAAACCCUUCUCAACCCACUUCGCGAGGCUCUUCUGAUCGAUCACCGCAGGUCACAUCCGACUCGAUUGCCCUUCAACCUGCCGCAAAGCUUUCUAAAUCACUCAAAUCAGUACCUGACCUCCACGUUGAACCCGACGCUGCUUUUGAGGAUUCUGUUCGUGAGGACACGGCACCUCUUCAGGCAGCUGUUGCGUCGCUUCAUGACACUCUUCCCAAGUCUCAAGAUGACACCAUUCUCGCUCAGGAAGAUUUAGCUCAUCAUCGCGAUCGCGUCACCCCAUCCGAGGAUAUCCAUGACACGGCCGUUGAAGCCUCUGUUGAUCAAGAAGUGGUUCAUGAAACAAACGCAGUGCAUUCUUCUCCGAAUCGUGAUAAUGUUGCUAAGUAUCGGUCAGACCUACCGGAAAGUUCCCGAGCCCCAGCACUAUCUUCGUGCGAAUCGCAUCCUCAGAGACAACGUGAACGGGAUAACUCUCAUUCCCUUCCGAUUGAACACAAAGACCUUCACGAAGACAGUCACGCGCCGACAUCCGACGCCAAAGCUGUGCAUACCAUUCCGGACGCACCAGAGUGCCGAAAUCAAAAGAUCACUUCUCCGGAGCGCCCACAAGCUAUCCCAACGUCCCAGGCCCUUAAGACGUCAAAACCAGCUGUCUCGAGAUCUUCGAAAACCACCACCGCAUUGGCCGAGCAUGUUUCCACACCCGAGGCAGACGAGGAACCACUAGCUGAGACAAAUGACGUGCAAUCAGAGCGACUGCAAUUUUCAUUACCCGACCAAAAUAUCACCGCCGAAAUUCCUUUGAAUGACGACCCAUCUCGUCUUCGCAAUACUCGCGCGAUACAAUCUCAGGCAUUCGACAAUAAUACUCGCACACCUGGCCCAACUACUCAAAGUUUAUUCACCCCUGGCAAUACUCGAGCGGCCCUGAUUCAUAGCCCUCAAAGCCAAUGGUCUAGUAAACCCACCAACUCCGGAUGGCUCAACAAACCGCACAAAACUCCCGGACUAGCGUAUGGAGCUCUCGGACUAGGAAUUGAAAAGAGCGAGGUCAGUAGAUUCCAGGGGGUUGGUGGCUCACCUGUAGCCACGAAUAAACCAGAUCCUAGACCAUCUUUCACUUCGCACGCAACUAAUCUUGCGAGAGCUCAAGACAUUGGAUCUCAAGCAAAUACCAUAUCCGACUCUCAAAGAAUGCUAGCAAAUCAACGAAGAUCUUCCAAAAGAACCUCUACUGAUGCAGGGUUCCCUUACACAUCUGAGACGCAAGAAGCCAAGAUUGCCAGACCUUACGUGCCUGUACCGCAUCGCUAUGUACCAUCUACUGCCGACAAGGGCAAAAAGGGAGUGGAUGACUUGAAAAAUCGACUGUCCAAGAUUCAAAGAGAGAGUGCUAUGCAUGAGCGUACACAACAAGUCUUACCGAUGGUAGAACCCUUGCACAUGGUGCAACGUGCAUCACUUGCAACAUCUGCAACAUCUGCUUCUGUUGUUCAUGGGAAGCCUCUUAUCGCACAAUCUUCUCAGACGUCCCACUCGACUUCGACAAUGCCUCCCUGGGCUCCUAUGCCGCCAUGGAAUGCAGCUGAUCUGAACAACCUGAACAAAUCUCAAUCCUCGCGCCCCCCUGCCAGUCAGAUUUCCAGUCAACAUCGUACAGUCUCACCAGCCUCACUUCCGUCGUUCACAACAUACGCAGGCGUUCCUUUGAUCGAUCGCGGAGCUUCUUCUGAGACUACGCACUCACUUCACAAUAAGGCUUCUAAUCCUCCUGUGGGUCUGUACGCUGAUAGUACAGAUUCGCAGUUACCCGUUAAGAAGACUUCGGUGGGUGAUUUGGUGGCUGCUUAUGAAUCGAAAAAGAAGCCAGACGAGCCAGCUGUGAAUGUCAGCAGUGUCGCGAGGAAUACUUCUCCUGCUCCUUCGGUUACACUAACGCACGAAACCAAAAGUAAGUCACCCGUCGAUACCGCACCUCUCAACAUCAAGUCUACAGCUCUUCUACGAUCCACCACACCCACCGCCACCCCUCCCGUGCUUCGAGUUGACAAAGAAGCUCGACGGAUUGUUACUCAACCAGAGAUUCCCAAAGACGAUGCUCAAGGUGCUAUGGAGAAAGAAAGUCAAGAUGGAGGAAGUGCGGUAUCCGAGCACUACGAGAAAGACUUGAUCGAUCUAAAUGAUCGAGACGAACAAGUUGAAAACGAAGAUUCAUUGUCUGACUGCUCGGAGUUGAGCCCAUCGGCUUCCAACUUCCAAGACGCGUACGCUUCUGCGCCUAGCCAGUCAUCAAGACAUGCGUCUAACGCAGGUAAUGUUACCCCUCCACUUGAUGAGGGCACGGAAGCCAGGACACCGCCCACUAGUGGUAUAAUGAGUGUCUUCAAAGCCGGUGCAGCACUUGCUACGUCCUGGACAAGCACCAAAAAGCCUGAAUUGAAAAGCCUACAGCUUGCAGCUGUAGCUGCUAAAAAGGAGCUGGAUGACAAGGAGCGUAAAAAUGCAAUCAAGGAAGAGAGAGAGCAAAGGCGACUUGCUCUCUUGGAAAAGAAGCAGGCCGAAGAACGUGAGAAGGAAGAAGCAGACCGAAAAGCUCGGGCUGCCGAAGCCGAUAGGAAGAAGAAGGAACGUGAAGAGUCUUCCAAGGCUCGUCAAACCGUCAAAGCAAAGCCUGCUCCAGCUGCUACACCUGGACACCAUCGGGACGUUUCAUCCGCCGGCGAUCUUGCCAAAAAGCGUAAAGUGGAAGCUGACACCAGCCGAGUCAUGGACCCCAAGAAGGCUAAGCCCCAAAAGCCUGAACCCAUCUCCCCAGCUCGUGUGGCCCCAGGGAGUGCUUUGAAGACCUCUUCCAGUUCAUCUUUCCAACCAUCACGUGUGGCCCCAGCCGCACCUGCUGCACCCGGCUCGGUCAAAUCGUUGAACAAGUAUCGCGUGGCAGCUGCCUCAGUCGGUGUGAAAACGAUGAUUGAACCCAUUAAAAUCACACAUCCCACUCCAGCUUCGAGCUCGAGCAAGGCCUUUCAACCGGCUCGUCAAAGUAAAUUACCAAAACCCUCAGUGGCUGGGUCAUCGAAAUCGAAGCUUUCCGCUGUAGCUCCCCCGGCAGCAUUGAAACCUAACGCUCCGAGUGCUACUCCUAAGAUCAACCCUACUGAUCCCAAGGGAAAGAAGAAAUCAGAAGAAUACGUUGAAUUGCCAGAUAUCGAUUCGGAGUAUUCAGAUGAUGAUGAGGAAGAACACCAACGUAAAGAAGCGGCUUUACCCGAUUGGGCUCAAACUAUGGUGAUCAAAGAUGCACUUGCCAAUCAGCGUAAGAUGAACCCCAAUGAUAUCUUUGGUACUACUAUUCCUGCGCCACCCAUGGAAGGUUAG